GCCCUGCAGACGCGCUGAUAUCACGCCGUUGCGUAAUUUAACAAGCCAGUGCAAACCAGAGGAGGAUGAGCGUUUGACAGCUUGUUGCGAGGGAUUGUUUUCGAUGCAAACAUAGUCCAUAUGUGCUGAAAUCAUUGAGAGAUCUUUUUAUUUUUUAAUCUGUCUUCCAUAUUAAUGGCCGCAGCCGUGACCAAUUCGUUUUGGGUUGCUCCGGGGCAGGACGCGCAGUUUGUCCAUAAAACCCACCCAGCGGCGCCGCUGACAUCAUCCGACGGUUUUAGGGGUGAGGAUCAUGGACAAGUGCUUUGUAACGUCGUCCCGGGAAUAUCAUCCUUCCCGGAUUAUAAUCUGGUUAAAGCCGAGAUGGAUGCCUACAUACAUCAGGAUACAGUAGAUACCAAAAUGUUUGACAAGGAUGGUGCCUCUAUGCUGGAGCCAUCAUUUAUUGAGGACUUCGCCACUUCUUACAGCGUCAACAUGAGCCUGUUCCUCCCUGAUGCAUCCUACCUGCACCCUGGCCUAUGCCGGACUGUGAAGCAAGUCAAAAUGGAGCCACAGCCCUCCCUGAUACACGCCACCUGCCAGGGCAAUGAAGCACCAGCAAUGCUGCCAGAGUACUCAGGAAUGUAUAAAGCAGUUGACAGUCCAGGUAAUUUUUUCAUCAAGCAGGAAGCACCAGAAUUCCAAGAGAUUCCCCAGUUUCAGAUGCUGAACACUGAUUUAGAGCAGGACUCUUUCCCCAUCACACAACUAAGUCUUCCAGUGAGGAAUCUAAACGUAAGAGAACUAUCCAGCAGUUCACUGACUGUGACUGAGUGUUUUCCAUUUAAUCAUCACUCUGGCCAUCAGUUUAGGUCAAAUUAUUUGCCCCCAUCUCCGCCAACUUCUAAGCCUCCAAGUCCAGACGUAAACAAGGAGCUCCUUCAUAACAUCUCCCCUCCUCCUUCCUAUGAGGCCAGCAUUGCCUCCAAGACAACACUUCAGACCCACAGUUCCACUGGAUCCAGACAGACUUCCGGCAAUUCUUUGAGUAAGAACCUCGACCAAAAUUACACUCCUAAAUUCAGCCGUAGUCCGGUUGUUGGAGCGGUUCAAAACUUGAGCCUGGCACCAGCUAACACAGCUCCAUGUGUUGGCCCACUGUCUCCAGAGUUGGCCCAGUCUGCUCCGGUCAAGUACAACCGGAGGAAUAACCCUGAUCUGGAAAGGCGCAGGAUACACCACUGUAAUGUUGAAGGUUGCAAGAAAGUAUACACAAAGUCUUCUCAUUUAAAGGCUCAUCUACGGACCCACACAGGUGAGAAGCCGUACCAGUGUUCCUGGGAGGGAUGCGAGUGGCGCUUCGCACGCUCUGAUGAGUUGACACGACACUUCAGGAAGCACACCGGGGUGAAGCCUUUCCAGUGCGGCGUGUGCAGCCGCUGCUUCUCACGUUCGGACCACCUGGCCCUGCACACAAAGAGACACCAGAGCCACGGAGCCCCUUAGCUGCAACCUCAUGGCUUCUACCAAACGUGGGGGAAAAUGGAGUAAAAAAAGACAGCAGUUUAUUCUAUUUACUCUCAAUAGAGACAAUUUGAUGUUCUGAUCUGACACUAUUUGACUUUUUUUCUAAGUGUCAAAUCAGGUUGUUGCCUUACUACAAAUAUCUCAUCAAUGGAAGACUUAUCAGUUAAAACUAUUUAACCAGUUGUGUCCUUUUGAAAGCUUUAUUUUGUUAAUGCACAGAUAUGAACAGGUGACAUUUUUAUAUCUGGACUGUUCAUGGUGAAGAUCAUUUUAGCUUUUUGCUAAAUUAGUUAUGGUUUUAUGUCUGUGACCUAUGGAGAGUAUUGGCAGUUAAGGAAAGCUGGACACGCUGGAUGAAACACUUUGGUGUAGAGCACAGUUUUGUCAUGCAGUCUGUGCAUAGUCAUAUUUUGACUUUAAUGCUGCCAGGUUCACAGGAAGAUUUUUUUUUCCUUAUUCAAAGGAUAAUGUUUGGUGUUAAAUGACAAUAGAUAAGAUUUUUUUUCUCCUUUUUUUGUCAUACACUGUGUCACCAAAACAUUUUAAUGUAAAACAAAGAUAACCUGAGUAAAUAUAGUCUUUGAAACGAUGA